CGGCCUCCAGCCGAGACCCUUCCUGAGCUCCGCGAGCGCAUCUCCCGGCAGGUGGCCGGGAGGAAGGUCCAGCGUCCGUCCCAAAGCGCAAUCCUGGAGGGCGGCCGGGAGGAGGAGGGCAGCGAAGCCAUGCAUGCCGUGGAGACGUCUGUGCCCAAUGCGUCCUGGUGGGCGCCCGGCAACGCAUCGGGCUGCCCGGGCUGCGGUGCUAACGCCUCGGACGGCCUGGCCCCCGGGCCGCGGCCCGUGGACGCCUGGCUCGUGCCUCUCUUCUUCGCUGCGCUGAUGUUGCUCGGCCUGGCAGGGAACUCACUGGUCAUCUACGUCAUCUGCCGCCACAAGCAGAUGCGGACGGUGACCAACUUCUACAUUGCCAACCUGGCCGUCACGGACGUGACCUUCCUGCUGUGCUGCGUACCCUUCACCGCCCUGCUGUACCCGCUGCCCGCCUGGGUGCUGGGCGACUUCAUGUGCAAGUUCGUCAACUACAUUCAACAGGUCUCGGUGCAGGCCACGUGCGCCACUCUGACGGCCAUGAGCGUGGACCGCUGGUACGUGACGGUGUUUCCGCUGCGCGCCCUGCACCGCCGCACGCCCCGCCUGGCGCUGGCCGUCAGUCUCAGCAUCUGGGCUGGCUCUGCGGCCGUGUCUGCGCCGGUGCUCGCCCUGCACCGCCUCUCGCCGGGGCCCCGCACCUACUGCAGCGAGGCUUUCCCCAGCCGCGCCCUUGAGCGUGCCUUUGCGCUCUACAACCUGCUGGCGCUCUACCUGCUCCCGCUGCUCGCCACCUGCGCCUGCUACGGGGCCAUGCUGCGCCACCUGGGCAGGGCCUCCGUGCGCCCUGCGCCCGCCGACAGUACCCUCCAGGGGCAGCUGCUGGCCCAGCGCGCGGGCGCCGUGCGUGCCAAGGUCUCGCGGCUGGUCGCGGCCGUGGUCCUGCUCUUCGCCGCCUGCUGGGGCCCCAUCCAGCUGUUCCUGGUGCUGCAGGCGCUGGGCCCGGCGGGCGCCUGGCACCCGCGCAGCUACGCUGCCUACGCGCUCAAGACCUGGGCACACUGCAUGUCCUACAGCAACUCUGCGCUGAACCCGCUGCUCUAUGCGUUCCUGGGCUCCCACUUCAGACAGGCCUUCCGCCGCGUUUGCCCCUGCGCGCCUCGACGCCCCCGCCGGCCCUGCCGGCCAGGGCCCUCGGACUCUGCUGCCCCUGAUGCCGAGCUGCACAGCCUUGCCGCGCAUCCGGCCCCCAGCAGGACGCCGAAGUCCAGAAGCAACAGGCUGGCAGCGGGCAGGCUGUGUGUCCUGGGGGAACACACUGCCCCUCUCUGAGCCAAGCUCAGGGGGAAUCCAAAUGGGCCUGUCUGCAGCAGUGGCUGCCAGAACAACAGCUCUUCUUCUGUUAUUAGUAUUUGUAUUGUUGUCCAAGAUAACCAGUGAAAAUGUUUUAUCCUCUUGUGGCAUUUGGUUCAGGUUUGCUGUGAUGUUUGCUAUUGAUAUUGUAAUUCUUAUUUCUGUAUUUCCUGAAAUUAAAGAUGUGUUAAUACGGGGACUUUUGGGAUCUUUCCAGAAAGUGUCAGACGUCUUCACACACUAAUCUUGU